AGUAAGCCUAUGUAUUUUUUUUCAGAACUGCGGUGUGGUUGGUGGCAAUAUUUAUUUUUGCUUGCAAUAUAUUACCAAUGUGGUAUUUGAGUAUGAUUCACCAACGAGGAACCCUUGAUGUCAUGGAUGCACUAAAGCGCAUAUCGUUGAAAAAUCCUAAUGAUACCAAUUUAUUAUUCUUGAUGCCAUGCCAUUCGACACCCUUGUAUAGUCAUUUGCAUGUUAAUGUUACUACCAGAUUUUUGACCUGCACGCCGAAUUUCAACAAAAUUGAUAACUAUGUGGACGAAGCAGACUUAUUUUAUGAAAAUCCUAAUGGAUGGCUGAGGCAAAAUUAUCCUCCCAAUGGAACUCUACCUACUCAUAUCAUUAGUUUUGAUAUUCUGCAACCUAACAUACGGGAUAUUUUGAGCAGGUACAGACAGACCCACGAAAUUUUCCACACGGAUUUUCCCACUUCUCCGCGAACGGGAAAGUUUGUUUUAAUUCAUAGAAGAUUGGACUGAUUAUUGAAAUUAUUUCAAUUGGCUCGAGUUUUAAACUGUUUUUGUGUUUGUGUUGACUUCUUGUAUGAAAAAAGCUGUUUCUGGAGAUAUAUUGGAUUUAUAUAUAUUUUAUUUUUGAUCCUUAUGUAAAACUCAAGGGAAUUGUUCGACCAUUUGAUUUCAUCCAAUGCGUUUAAUGAUGAGUUUGUAAGUGUUGUCAGUCACUGCCAUAAUAUUGUUAUUUGUUCAAAUUGUGUGAAAAUAUAGAUUUUUAAUACUGAUAAA